GACACAGUCAUCGCCCCAUAAAGCAAAAGGAAAAGGGAGCCAAGGACAGAGAAACUUUUCGUUUCCCCAAAACGCCCCCGGAUCUGGGCGUCUACUGGCAAAACACCCAAUCCUCCUGCGAACAAACGCCUCUCCUCUUCCGUUCGCCUUCCAUGGGGUUUGCGAAGCGUCACGAGAGGGAAAAUAUCUCCGGAAGGAAGGGGCAAAAGCGGAAACUGGAGGAAGACUUGGACGAUGAGCGAUCGAUCUCCUUCCCCUCCCCCGGCGACGACCGGGAAACGCUACUGUGCGAGGUCGGUGCGCAGGUUAACGUGCUCAACACCACCUUCUCCUGGACCGAGGCCGAUCGCGCCGCCUCUAAGCGCGCCACACACGUCCUCGCCGAGCUCGCCAAGAACGAGGAAGUUGUGAAUGUUAUAGUUGACGGUGGUGCUGUACCAGCACUGGUAAGGCAUCUUCAGCCACCGCCGUUGAGUGAGGGUGAUUGCAGUUCAAAGCCGUUCGAGCAUGAGGUUGAGAAGGGGAGUGCUUUUGCACUAGGGCUUCUCGCUGUUAAGCCAGAGCAUCAGCAGCUCAUAGUGGACAAUGGUGCCUUGCCUCAUCUUGUGGAUUUACUAGAGUGGCACAGGGACAGUUCCAGCUCUCGGGCUGUCAACAGUGUCAUUCGAAGAGCAGCUGAUGCAAUCACUAAUCUUGCGCAUGAAAAUAGCCGUAUUAAGACCCGUGUUAGGUUGGAAGGCGGGAUUCGCCCGCUUGUUGGGUUGCUUCAAUUCAGUGAUCCAAAGGUACAAAGGGCAGCAGCUGGAGCACUACGAACUCUGGCAUUUAAGAAUGACGAAAAUAAGAAUCAGAUUGUAGAAUGCAACGCUCUUCCUACCCUGAUUCUAAUGCUCCGGUCUGAGGAUGCUGCCAUUCAUUAUGAAGCGGUUGGCGUUAUCGGUAAUCUGGUGCAUUCAUCCCCAAACAUUAAGAAGGAAGUUCUUAUUGCUGGGGCUUUGCAACCUGUUGUUGGAUUGCUCAGUUCUUGUUGCUCUGAGAGCCAAAGGGAGGCAGCUUUAUUACUUGGACAAUUUGCUGCUACUGAUUCAGAUUGUAAGGUUCACAUUGUCCAGAGAGGAGCUGUCCAGCCAUUGAUUGAGAUGCUUCAAUCCCCCGACGUACAGCUUAGAGAAAUGUCGGCUUUUGCACUCGGGAGGUUGGCACAGGACACUCAUAACCAAGCUGGUAUCGCUCAUAAUGGCGGGUUGAUGCCAUUAUUGAAGCUCCUUGAUUCGAAAAAUGGGUCUCUGCAACAUAAUGCUGCAUUUGCUCUUUACGGCCUUGCAGAUAAUGAGGAUAAUGUGUCUGAUUUUAUCAAGGUUGGCGGUGUUCAGAAGUUGCAGGAUGGAGAAUUCAUUGUGCAAGCGACAAAAGAUUGUGUAGCCAAGACACUGAAAAGAUUAGAGGAGAAGAUUCAUGGACGGGUUUUGAGCCAUUUGUUAUAUCUGAUGCGUGUAGCAGAGAAGGCAGUUCAACGACGAAUUGCUUUGGCUCUAGCCCAUCUUUGUUCUCCGGAGGAUCAGGGAACAAUUUUCAUUGAUAACAAUGGAUUGGAGUUACUUCUUGGCCUUCUUGGUUCCACAAGCCUAAAGCAGCAACUUGAUGGUUCUACAGCUUUGUACAAGUUGUCUAACAAAGCGAUGACUCUCUCCUCCAUUGAUGCAGCUCCCCCAUCUCCGACGCCACAGGUGUACUUGGGGGAACAAUUUGUCAACAAUCCUACAUUAUCCGAUGUCACCUUCUUAGUUGAAGGUAAACGGUUCUACGCCCAUCGAAUUUGCCUACUUGCUUCUUCCGAUGCAUUCCGUGCAAUGUUUGAUGGUGGUUAUCGGGAGAAGGAUGCAAGAGAUAUAGAGAUUCCAAAUAUAAGAUGGGAAGUUUUUGAGUUGAUGAUGAGAUUUAUAUACACUGGCUCGGUGGAUGUGACAUUGAAUAUAGCCCAAGAUCUCCUUAGAGCUGCUGAUCAGUAUCUCCUGGAGGCACUCAAGCGGCUUUGUGAAUACACCAUUGCUCAGGAUAUAUCAUCAGAUAACGUUUCAAACAUGUAUGAGCUGUCAGACGCGUUCCAUGCCUUGUCAUUAAGGCAUACAUGCAUUCUAUACAUUUUGGAGCAGUUCGAUAAAUUAAGUGCUAGGCCCAGGUAUUCUCAACUUAUUCAGCGUAUAAUACCGGAGAUCCGCGAGUACUUUACAAAAACACUUACGAGGCCUAACCCACGUAACUCACGGCUAUAGCUUGCUGCUUUUUUUCAAAAUAAAUUUCUUGAUUUCUAACUAAUUGCGAUGUACAGAGCUCUAGAUCUCGCAGUUGUCCUGCUAGUGACGGAUCUAAUUGGUUGAUUGUAGAGCGUCCACCGUCCUCUGAUUACAUAGAUCUGUUACUUGUAAACCUGUAAGUUCCUCUCGUAGUGUCUCUGUCUUGGAUAUCGCCAUCUGCAAUAUUCCUCUGAUUAAAGAGAUCUGUUACUUGUAAACCUGUAAGUUCCUGUCGUAGUGUAUCUGUCUUGGAUAUCGACAUCAGCAAUAUUUAUCUAAGCUGGUGCAACACUUAUAUCGAUUAAAUGUAGUCUCCCGCGGGUUCAAAUAAAAAAAAAUUGCAUUUCUUGUGA